AUGGUGUCCCUGAGCGACUUCCAGCGGCUCGGGGUGGGCCUGGUCGGCUUCGGCCUCUUCUUCUUCCUCUUCGGGAUCCUCCUGUACUUCGACUCCGUGCUCCUGGCUUUUGGGAACCUCCUCUUCCUCACCGGACUGGUCUUCAUCAUCGGCUUCCGGAGGACCUUCACCUUCUUCUUCCAGCGGCCCAAGCUGAAGGGCACCAGCUUCUUUUUCGGGGGGCUCAUCGUGGUGCUCCUGCGGUGGCCGAUCCUGGGGAUGCUGCUGGAGGCCUACGGCUUCAUCUCCCUCUUCAAGAGUUUCUUCCCGGUGGCUUUCGGGUUUUUGGGCUCUCUGGCAAACAUCCCCCUGCUGAGCCAGCUCCUGCAGAAAAUGGGGGACAGCGGCUCCAUGGUGUGACCUGAGCAGCUCUGGGCCGAGUGGCUGCGAUGGGACUGGGUGACAGAGCCCUGGGUCCCGCUGUCCCCGGGAGCUGGUGGCUGUCCUGUCCCCAGGACCCUCAGUGCUGGCCAGAGCCCGCCCCAGCAGGGACAGUGUCCCCUCGGUGUCCCCUCGGUGUCCCCUCAGUGUCCCCUCAG